GGGGCAGAGAGGUUGAUUCGUUGCCAAUUUAACAGCAUUUGCGUUUUCUCUCUUUCCACGCGUCCGACAUAGCCAUCCCGCCAUACCGCCCUCUGCCCGACGACCCCCACGGCGACGAGACAGACCACCACCAGAACGCUGGGAGAGUGGUGAACGCCUUCUCACUUCAGCGCCCUUCAGCCAUUCGCUUGGUCCCUAAUUGAGCCGGCGCCCGUUGAUAUCCUUCGUUCCCUGGCGUUCCGUCGCGGAAACACAACCACUCGCUAUCUCGACGGCGACGAUCCUACGAAAAACCACUUCCUACAACCGCCAGAAUGUCAAAUAAAAAGAACGAAGAUAUCGAGAUGAGGGGCGGCGAUGACUUUGGAGGGGAGAAAGAUCCCUUCCUCGGCCGGGCCUCGCCUGCCACCCUCCGUGUGCGCCAGGAGCCUGGCCUGCUCGACAAGUUGGAUCACAGCCCCGGCGCCUCCAUUCUCGCAUACUGCCUGGCGUCUAUCAGCAUGACAGUCGUGAAUAAAUACGUUGUGUCUGGCUCAGAAUGGAACCUGAACUUUUUCUAUCUUGCUAUUCAGUCUGCCGUCUGCACAUUAGCGAUCCUGGCAUUCAAGCAAACCGGUAUUCUCAAGAACCUCGCUCCUUUCGACUCGACAAAGGCGAAGAGAUGGUUCCCUAUUUCUCUGCUCCUCGUCGGCAUGAUCUAUACCGGUGCCAAGGCCCUCCAGUUCCUCUCCGUCCCCGUCUACACCAUCUUCAAGAACUUGACCAUCAUUGUGAUCGCCUAUGGAGAGGUUCUUUGGUUCGGUGGCAGCGUCACCCCUAUCACCCUGUUGUCUUUCGGCUUGAUGGUCCUCAGUUCUGUUGUUGCUGCUUGGGCUGAUAUCCAGGCUGCCAUUGAUGGUGUGGGAAUCUCCCCUGACAAGCAGGAUGCUUUGUCGACCCUGAACGCCGGUUACGCGUGGAUGGGUAUCAACGUCAUCUGCACUUCUGCGUAUGUGCUUGGCAUGCGCAAGGUCAUCAAGAAGAUGAACUUCAAGGAUUAUGACAGUAAGUUUCUGGCAAGACUACGACGAUCAAAGUACAGUAGACUGACACCCAAUAGCGAUGUUCUACAACAACCUCCUUACCAUCCCCGUCUUGGUUGUCUUCUCCCUGCUACCAAGAACAAGCUCAUGAUUGGAAUGGUGUACUCCGGUUUGGCCGCCAUCUUCAUCUCGUACUGCUCGUCCUGGUGCAUUCGUAUCACCUCCUCGACAACCUACUCCAUGGUCGGCGCCCUCAACAAGCUCCCCAUCGCCGUUAGCGGUCUCAUUUUCUUCGAUGCUCCCGUCACCUUCGGCAGUGUUACUGCCAUCUUCCUGGGUUUCGUCAGUGGUCUUGUCUUUGCCUGGGCCAAGGUUCGCCAAAAGGCUCAGGAGGCUCUGUCCCUUCCUACCACCAACAUGAGCGCCAGCGCCAAGAGCAACAGGGAUGCUGCCAACUCAUGAGCACUCAUGAGUCAACAAAGGGCUAACUCGAGUACUCACAGCGCACCUCUGGCGGCGCCCCCUUCCAAAGCAUGAUUCUUUCGCCAUCCGACCCGAACCUCCCUCCUGGUCCUGAUCUCGGCGGAAGGCGUAAGAAUCGAGACUUUUUGUUUUUCUUUUCUUUCCUGUACAUGACGUUUUCGCGUUCUCGGGACCCCUUUUUUAGCCUUUAGCCAUUUUAGUGGAUGAUCUAUUUUUCUUUUCAUUUCAAAGACAAGCAUAGAAAGUGUGUUUUGGCAAAGGCAAGGCGGGCGGACAGGCAGGCAGGCAGGGCGGGGGGACGGACAAGGUUUUUGGUUUUUGUAAACGGCGUACAACCUGCAUAACAUCAUGUUCUCUCUCUCCUCUCUCUCUCCCUCUCUCUCUCUCUCCCUCUCUCUCUUUCUCACU